CCUUUUGAAACAGCUCGAAGUCGGUGAAACCAAUUUUGGACUGUGUUGCUUGCCAUACUUAGCUGAUGUUGUCAGCAUAUGUAUGAACUCGUGUUUCAGAUAGAUCAGUAACACUCCAAAAUGGCUUUUCAGUGUCAGCGAGACUGCUACAUGAAAGAGUUUGUUACCUCUGUGGUAUCCUGCGUCCCAGCUGAGCUCAAACAAGAAGUGAACGGGAAGAAAGAAACUCUUAAGGGCUUCAAUGUUAAGCUCCAAGACACCAUCUUGUUUCCUGAGGGAGGCGGUCAGCCUGAUGACCAUGGGCUUAUUGGAGAUGUUCCAGUUUUGAGGGUGACGAGGCAGGGCCCUGAAGCCUUACACUUUGUUAGCUCACCUGUGGAGGAGGGUCAGGAGGUGCAGGUGAAGGUGGACUGGGAGAGGAGGUUCGACCAUAUGCAGCAACACUCAGGUCAACAUUUGAUCACAGCUUUGGCAGAUAUGCUUUUUGGAUACAAGACCACAUCCUGGGAUCUGGGGCGUCAGAGAAGCACCAUUGAGCUGGACACUCCCUCAAUUAAGCCUGCCCAGCUCCAGGCCCUGGAGGAAGCUGUAAACGAAAAGAUAAGAGCCCAUGUCUCUGUCACCGUUCAGCUUCUCUCUAUAGAUGAUCCUGCAGUGGAAAAGGUGAGGAGCCGAGGGCUGCCAGAGGACCAUGCAGGGCCCAUUCGGAUCAUCGAUAUCGAGGGCAUCGAUGCCAACAUGUGCUGUGGAACUCAUGUGUCUAAUCUCAGUCACUUACAGGUCAUAAAGCUACUGGGAAGUGAGAAAGGAAAGAAAAACAAAACCAACCUGAUCUUUCUGGCAGGAAACAGAGUAUUAAAAUAUGCAGAGAAGAGCUACAGCACAGAGCGAUCACUGGUGUCUCUCCUGAAAACUGGACCUGAUGAGCACGUUGAAGCAGUUGACAAGCUGCAGAAGUCUGUUAAGCUACUACAGAAAACUAACCUGAGCCUGCUACGAGACAUGGCUGUCCUCAUCGCACAGAGCUUCAUGAACAACCCCCAGAGAGGCAACUUCUUCAGCUUGCACAAAAAAGAAGGUGACAACGAGUUCAUGAACAUCAUUGCCAAUGAAAUAAACACUGAGGAAACUUUGGUUUUCCUGACUGUUGGAGAGGAGAAAGGACCUGGUUUGUUUGUGCUGGCUGGACCCAGUGGCCCAGUGGCUGAGCUAGGACCACAGGUGUUGGAGAUUCUUCAAGGGAAAGGAGCAGGAAAAAACGGACGUUUCCAAGGCAAAGCCAACAGUCUGGCACGAAGAGGGGAAGCGGAGGCUCUCCUGCAGCAGCACUGCAAACGUCUCACCUCAGGGGAAGAGUAAAGCCAGCAAUGGAUAAAUACAAAUACAUUUUAUAUGAUGGGGAACUAUACAUUUAGAUGUAUUGGUAUUUUGUAAUAAGCACUAAAUGUGUUUAAGCACACAUACCAAGAAUGGAUAACUGAAGUAAAAAUGUAAAUAAUUGGGACCUCUGUACAACAUGUGCUGUACAUAUCUGAAUGUUAAAUGUCAUGAACUGUUUUAUUAAUUUAACUCUUAAUCUUGAUUAAAAACCUUAUCAUCUGAUUAGUUUUCCAUUUAAAUCUUUUUUUCUUCUAAGGAACACAUGGAGGCUGUAUUGUGCCUGAUUGAAGGGCAACUCAGUCUGCAAUGCAGACACAGACAAUAAAAUUUCUUGAUAGACAAAAUCCAA